UUCUCUUUUUAAAACAAAAAAGAUUUGUGAACUAACUAACCACCCUCCCCUCCCUGUAUUUUUCCCCCCUCUUCCAAAACCAGAAAUACCACCAACGUUCUUUGGACGCGUCCUUUCCAAACUCAUUUACUCUCUCAAUCGGGCAUUGUGGGAGAUUUUUUUUUUUACACUUGAUUUACACGAGCUCUUUUGCGCAUUCAAGACUGAAAGAGAGCUUUAAGUUCAUAAAUGACGGAAAGGACGCUUUGUGCAUGAAUGUUGCAUUGUGGAAUGUUUGUGCAAAUAUGUGCUAAUAAAAAUAAUAAAUAAAAAGGAAACCAUGUAAAUAUUUCGUGUCAGUUGAUUUGCUUGAUGGUUUUGUUUUCUCACCAUAAAAGCAAAAUGUGUAGAGAGAAUUCGGACUCAGAACGUGAAUUUCAGAGUCAACAGGCGAAUUGUGCAUUAUGUCCUUCCUGCCAGAUUCCAAUCUGUUUGCUUUCCCGUGUGCUCACAAAGGGCUCAUAACUUACUGUCAACUCGCGAGGCGAGCCACAAAGCACCCCAGUGUUGCUCAGCUAACGCUCUGCUCGACGGCUCCGCUGGCUGAAAAGUUUGCUUAACUACACAGGCAGCGACAGAAGGGACUUUAGAAAACGUGUCCCCUCAGUAGGAUCCUGAUUUCUGCUUAUUUGCUGCGAGCAUGUGAAAGAGAAAGGAAUAAAAACACGACGUUUUUCUCGUCUCGGGAUCUCGAUACGAAACGGAGCAUGUGUGUUUGUGAGUGAGCAGUGGAGCUUAACACUGCCUCUGCUGGCUCUUCUGUGUGUGUGUGUGUGUGUGUGGGUGUGUGUGGGUGCAUUUAGUCUUUUCCGCUUCUCUCGGUGGAUGUGUGUUCUCUGAGACAGCGUGCCAUCAGACCGGGACAAGUGCACGCUACAGUCUGUGUGUGUGUGUGUGUGUGUGUGUGUGUGUGUGUGUAUGAGAGAGAGGGGGAGUAUGUGUUGUGUGUGAUUGUGUAUGCGAGUGUGUGUGAGUGUGUGUGAGAGUGUGUGGGUGAAUCGGCUCUUUCGGACGUUUUUUUUUUUUUCGGAGUUGUAAUGCCAUCCAGUGCUGAAGUGGUGAGCGUCGGAGAGGAAAGAGGGCCAGUGGCUGAGGAGGACAGACUCAGAAUCAUGUCUUCCAAACAAGCCACCUCUCCGUUUGCCUCGGGUGCAGACGUCGGUGAGGACGGAGCUGGUCAGGAGCGCCUGGUUUGGGAGAAGGAUGAAGGCACAGAGCCGCUGGCAGCACCACAGCUGCCGAUUCACAGCCUGCUGCACGGCAAGAUGCACGGCGAGGAACUGCCACCCGUCAGCAGCAGCGUGCCACCUGAAUCCGACUGGGACAGCCUGGUGUCGGCCCAGCAGCGCAUGGAGUCAGACAGCAAUAAAGUAUGUUCCCUCUACUCCUUCCGGAAUAACUCUACCUCUCCGCACAAGCCGGAGGAGGGGGCACGGGAGCGAGGUGACCUGCUGGGAGCCUCUGCCUUCGGAACGCCGGAGCGCCGCAAAGGGAGCCUGGCCGACGUGGUGGACACACUGAAGCAGAAGAAGCUGGAGGAGAUGACAAAGACAGAGCAAGAUGAAACCUCCUGCAUGGAAAAACUGCUUUCUAAAGACUGGAAAGAGAAAAUGGAGAGACUGAACACGAGCGAGCUUUUGGGAGAAAUACAAGAACCGGAGCGAGACUGCUUCUCUCAGACGUUCUCGGACCCGAGUGUCCUCACCUUCCUAAAGAACCACACACCAAGUACUCCAGAAAGUCUGGCUGAGAAAGAGAGGCAGCUUUCGACGAUGAUCACGCAGCUGAUCAGCCUGAGAGAGCAGCUCUUGGCUGCCCACGAUGAGCAGAAGAAGCUGGCGGCCUCGCAGAUGGAGAAGCAGCGGCAGCAAAUGGAGCUGGCUCGACAGCAGCAAGAACAAAUCGCCAGACAGCAGCAGCAACUUCUUCAGCAGCAGCACAAAAUCAAUCUCCUUCAGCAGCAGAUUCAGCAGGUCCAGGGUCACAUGCCUCCUCUCAUGAUCCCCAUUUUUCCACACGACCAGCGCACUCUGGCCGCUGCCGCCGCCGCCCAGCAGGGCUUCCUCUUCCCCCCAGGCAUGUCCUACAAGCCAGGUGAUAACUACCCGGUGCAGUUCAUUCCUUCCACAAUGGCAGCUGCCGCCGCGUCAGGACUCAAUCCUCUUCAGCUCCAGCAACUGUACGCCGCCCAGCUGGCCAGCAUGCAGCUCUCUCCAGGAGCCAAGAUGGCGCCACUGCCCCAGCCACCUAAUUCUGCAGGGCCACUCUCACCUGGGCCCAAGAGUGAGAAGAGAUCCUCCAGCCCACUGGGCCAAGUCAAGGAGGAGGGAACGCAGCCCUUGAACCUCUCGGCCCGGCCUAAGACAGCUGAGCCAGUGAAAUCCCCCAUGUCCCCGACACACAGCCUGUUCCCGGGCAGCAAGAGCAGUCCGAACAGCCAGCCCAAGAGUGGAGGCAUCCCUAGUCCCCUCGGCUUGGGUCGAGGAUCAUCCCUCGAUAUCUUGUCUAACCUGAACUCCACGGCACUAUUUGGAGACCAGGAUGCUGUGAUGAAGGCCAUCCAGGAGGCGAGGAAAAUGAGGGAGCAGAUCCAACGUGAGCAGCUGCAGCAUCACCAACAGGGCAUGGAGGCUAAACUCUCAGCUCUCUCAGGCCUCGGUCUUAACAACUGCAGGGCUGACAAGGAACGAGUCCACUUUGAAAGUUUGGGGCAUCAUCUGGGAAAACUGGGAGACGAUGGGAAGAUCGGACAGAGAGUCAUUGACCUGACCAGGCCAGAGGACCUCGACGGGAGUAAGGAGCUGAAUGGUUCUGCAGAUAAACCACAACAGUAUUAUUGUUGGCCAACAGGAGGCGCCAGCACUACCGAAGCCCGGGUGUUCAGAGAAUCGCGAGGACGGAACCCCAACGAGCCACACAUCAAGCGACCCAUGAACGCCUUCAUGGUGUGGGCCAAGGACGAGCGCCGCAAAAUCCUGCAGGCUUUCCCGGACAUGCACAACUCCAACAUCAGCAAAAUCCUGGGCUCUCGCUGGAAGGCCAUGUCCAACCAGGAGAAGCAGCCGUACUAUGAGGAACAGGCUCGUCUGAGCAAGAUCCACCUGGAGAAGUACCCCAACUACAAGUACAAGCCUCGGCCCAAGCGCACGUGCAUCAUCGAUGGCAAGAAGCUGCGCAUCGGCGAGUACAAGCAGAUGAUGCGCUCGCGGAGGCAGGAAAUGCGCCAGUUCUUCACUGUGGGGCAGCAGCCCCAGACUCAGCUCCCGAUCAGCAGCAGCGCGGGCGUCGUCUACCCCGGAGCCAUCAGCAUGACCUCAGACUGCUCGAGCAACUCGGCCAGCCCCGAGCCCACCGUGCCCGUCAUCCAGAGCACCUUCGGCAUGAAGAUGGAGCCCAGCGUGCCCAGCGUGGUGCCCAGCGAACCGGUCAACGGCGAGGACGACAUGGACAUGUACGAGGACUUCGAGGACGAGCCCAAAUCGGACUACAGCAGCGAGAACGAGGCGCAGGAGCCCGUCAGCGCCAACUGAGGCUUUCACUCACAGUGGAGAGAAGGAGUACUGAAGGAGGAGGAAAAAAACAACAAAAAAAAACUACAGAACAAAUUUAAAAAAGAGAGAGAAAAGAAAAACUUGUUUCUGAUAAUAUAUCCCUUAGGAGCCUGCAUGCACGUGUGGCUCCCGGCUUCAUCAGCUCUUUGGUCUUAAAUGUUUCUUCGAGUGUGAAGCAGUUUGAUUGUGUUUUAUUAUUUUUUCUUUUUUUAAUUCUUAUUUGAUCAUGGAUGUGUACACAAAUUGACCUGUAAAGUUACAGAGGGCAGGACUUGAAACACAAUUAUAGCUCUCACAGUCUUACAUAUAUUUUUUUUUUGUUAUUGAUACUUUUUUUUUUUUAGAUCACUGUUUUUGACGGGGUUCUGUAUUUCUCUCAGGUAUGCUGUGCCAGCCAACAGCUUGUGAAUGUUUUUUUGAUUUGAGCUAUUUAAAAAUAAGGAAGAAGACAGCAGAACAAAAAAAGAGUAAUUUAAAAAUUGAUGACAAAACACAAAACUGCCCCCUCUCUUAUCUUAUCUUACCUUAUUUUAUCGUAUCUUAAUGCUCUUCUUAUUGUUUUCUCAACACAACGUCCAAAUCCAGGUCCAACCACACCGCUAGCUUCCUUAUACGUAAUCACAGAUCUCCAAGUCUUAAAGGCGAGAGUUCACGAGUCUUAGACAAUCCUCUGGAAUUUUAUUGAGUAAGAAAAAACCCUUUUGCGUCUUUCCCUCUUCUUGAAGCACUCAGGAAUUUUAGAGGCAGUGUUAGAGAUGCUGGAUUUUAUUAAAGAGAUCUCAAAGUCCUUGUUCAGUCCAGGAGGUCCAGUGCGGUGAUCACGCAGCCUGUCUUGCCCUUCGCUUCAGUCUUACACCCACGAUGUUCUUAAUCAAACAGAUUGGUCAGCGUGCCAAAGCGGGGCCAAAGGCAUCCAAUCUGCGAAAUUGAAAUGGCAGCAAAAGGCAGCUUCAGUGGCAUUACAAUCACAAAAUUGCUGUUGUACAAUACAUGCUGGCUUUUUUUUUUUACAGCAGCAAGUCCAUAAGGGCUUUCUGUCACCAUAAAGGCCUUUUGGGACGUUGUAAACCUUAAUCGACACAAGAAAGUCUUAAAGCAGAGCGUAAAUAAGUCUUAAAGAAACAAGAAGUUUGUCUGGGCCAGAUAAAGGAGACAUGGUGCUUAUUUAUGAGGGAAAAACAUUGUAGCACAACAGGUUAUAUUACAGCGCUGUUGAAUUCGGGAUUCUGAUUGGUCAGAAGGUGUUGAUUAAUUUUCUAUAACAGCAGCUUUGCAAAAUCAAAGGUUUAUAUCAAUUAUAUCAAUAUUCUCUAAGCAGCAGUUUCCUUAUUAACAUUUAUAGAAGGAGUCUCCAGUGUCAGAGGUGAAUCUGUAAGUUUAUCGACAUCUUCCGGACAGAGGAGUUUAAGAAACAAGCUGCGUUUUUUUCUUUUUUUUGUCUUAUUAACUUCUAGAGAGAUAAAAGAGCGGCUGGUGAGGGAACGACUCUUUAUAGCUGCUAUAACAUAAGUGAGAACAGGAAUGAACCUGUCUCAUGGCCGUCCAAAAUGUAAAUAUAAUUAGCUAAAAAAAGUACAACGUGUUGUUGUUUAAUAAAUAAUAAAACACUUCAGGACAUGCUGUUAUGGAAAAUAAACAACUCAUGUCACCUCGUACCUCGAGAGGCUGCCAUCUGGACUCGAACUUGGACUCGGUGUCCAUCAGAAGCCGCUGAAAACAAUGUGGGCGGGAGGGAGUCGAUCGCUGAUUGUGCUCGUUCCAUCAAAGUGCAGCAGAAAUCCACGAGGUGCUGCAGAGCAGAUGGAACAAGUAGAUCAAGCUGUGGGAGAUUAUUAAAAUGACUGACGAGUCUGUAUCAUCUGAAAUGCGCCAUUAUUAAUGCAUGAGGCUCGCUAUUUUCCUCUUGCCCUUGAACCUGUCUUAUUUUUUUAUUUUUUUUUAUUUCCAUUAGCAACACGGCAAUUACUGUGGGCUGAUGAGCUGCUGGUCACUGCGUUGCCUCUCAAGGUCGUAAAUAUAAAUAAAUUAAGUAAUUAAUUUGAAAAAAACUUAAAUAUCUUUAAGCGCUUAUUUACUUUCCUCCUAGCAUUAACAAUUCCUAUGGAGCCCCUAAAAUAGAGAAGCAUUUACUUCAAGUCUUAGAAGUCUCUUAAGCACUUCUGUAAUCUCAAAAAUUUGUACUUUUUUUUUUUGUUUUUUUUUUUUUUUUGCUUGUUGUGAUUUUUUCGUGAGGUACAACGCAGGCAGGGUUUACCCCUGAUUAUCCUAAAUUUGUUUUUUCCUUUUUUUUUUUGUUCUCAAUAGGUGUCUUGUUUAAAUUUGUUUCAUAUCUGUUUGCUGGUAGAUUGACUUGUACGUGUUUUGUACAUAUUUUCUUGACCACGCCAAACUGAUUUUCUAGGCUGGCGGUAGACAAAAGGACUGUUGUCAGGACUGAAACUUGAUCACGCUUGUGUAAUAGGGGGAAAAGUUAAAAAAAAAAAAAAGAGAGAGAGAGAGAGUGAGAGAGAGAGAGAGAGAAAGAAGGAAAGAAAGAAAAAGAGAGAGAGAGAGAGAGAGGACUUCGGUCACACACAGAGUUUCAUAAGUGUUACAAGCACUGGAUAUAAAUGGUAUUUUUAUCGAUUCUGACUAAUGUGAAGCCGUCGUGCGAGAAAAAAAAAUCCACACGAACAAAAGUGACCUGUUUGGACUUGCCAGAUUUGAGUCAUUGUUUUUUUUUUGUGUUUUUUUUCUUUCAGCUUGUUUUGUUAAUUUAUGCAAAGACACGUGAUAAAUGAACACUUUUGUUUAAGCUCCAGUGCUGCCUAAGGGAGAUAAAGAGCAGUAAACUCGACAGAAGGCUCACGUAAGAGACUGAUCAGCCGAGACACACCGGACUUCAAUCGCGCAUCUUAACGCUCAUGUACGUUUGUGUUUGUAUAUUGUAUUUGAAACCUAUAUAGUGCAUAUAGACUUUUAUUGUAUUUAUUAGCCGUUGUUGGCUAUAAAAAUUUGUCGGUAGAACUUAAUAAAAAGGACAAUCAGAGAAAAUACA